AUGUCCGAUGAAACGUUUUUCCCGAUAAAGGACCUGAAGCCGCUAAUGAGCAACCUAUGCAUACAGUGCCUUAUAGUGAAGUUUUUAGAGGACCCUCCAGACCACAUAAACAACACAGUAAAGUACCACUACCUAGUGGCAGAUAUCAGUGGGUCGGUCAUAUUAUGCAUCCCACGCACGCUCAUACAGGAGGAACUAACCAGAAAGAAUGUCGACGUAUUGAAUGAUGAUUUGGAUGAUGCAGUGGAGUGGUACAACUCCACUCCUCUCAUUAUGAACGACUAUAUGAGUAGUGGCACGGCGAGUGAACAGGCAAGGUUUCCCCAUGACGUGGGGAAGAAGCAGUCCAGCGGGACGAACACAGCGAACGUGCCCAAUUUGACAGGCCCAUCCAACUUUACCAAAAUGAACAGCCCACAAAGCUGCAAGUGCUUUUUCAGGGUCGGGGAUAUCCUGAUCGUUUACGGGGGAGUGACUACUUGGUCCAUGGGAAAAAUGGUAAUAAUGCCCAGCACGCGGACCAAGAAGGGAGGCCCGCACGAAGUCAGAGGGUCAAUCCAGAGAGUAGGCUUCUUCAACAUGGACGUGAAUCUCGAACCGAACGUCAGCAACAUGAUAACGUCGACGACGGAGAAGAAGUACCAGGCUGGUGGGGAGGGUGCGGGUCAGACAGUUCGGAGUAUCCCCCCAGGGAGGAGUACAGAUGGUGGGAGGCAGGCGGACGGCGCGAAGAGUAGCGGCCACCACGAGCUUCUGCGCGAAGGGAAGGAGAACAAGUAUGACAUUCUUCCGCUUCUGCGUGGCGAUGACAUGUGGUAG